UAUAUAUAUAAGUACUCUAAUAAGGUCUCUCUCACACCCGCACACGCAGAUCAGGAAAACACAGAGCUAUGGCUUCCUCCUCAGCUUCUUCAAUCAAACCUCUCUUGCCUUCUGCUUUCACUUCCUCAUCUUCUUCACCUUCAAAAUCCUCCUCUGUUCUCUGCUUCCUCAAUACAACCAGCUUCAAUGAGCUCAAGCUUUCUCUAUCGCGAUCUCAUUCCCAGCGUUCAUUUUUCGUCAACAAUGUCUUGAAAACGGCGGAUGCAUCCGCUGCCUCUACCUCGAAGGAUUUGGAAUCUUAUUCUUCGUGGUCGACGGGUGUGAAACCCACCAUUCUGAUCUCCGAGAAGCUCGGAGAGGCUGGGCUCCAAGUAUUGCGCGAGUUCGGACAUGUGGAAUGUGCCUACGAUCUCUCACCUGAAGAAUUGUGCUCCAAGAUCGCAUCGUGCGACGCUUUGAUUGUGAGAAGCGGGACGAAGGUUACGAGGCAAGUGUUUGAAGCUGGAAAAGGAAGGUUGAAGGUUGUGGGAAGAGCUGGAGUGGGGAUCGACAAUGUCGAUCUGCAAGCUGCCACUGAGUUCGGUUGCCUCGUUGUUAACGCUCCCACCGCCAACACCAUUGCCGCCGCCGAGCACGGCAUCGCUCUUCUCGCCGCCAUGGCCAGAAAUGUUGCUCAGGCUGACGCCUCCAUGAAAGCCGGAAAAUGGCAAAGAAACAAGUAUGUUGGAGUUUCAAUGGUGGGAAAGACACUGGCAAUAAUGGGAUUUGGAAAAGUGGGAUCUGAAGUGGCAAGGAGAGCAAAAGGGUUGGGCAUGCACGUGGUGGCUCAUGACCCUUAUGCCCCAGCUGACCGGGCACGUGCCAUGGGUGUGGAUUUGGUUUCGUUUGACGAGGCCAUCUCAAAAUCCGAUUUUAUUUCCCUUCAUAUGCCACUCAUUCCAUCCACCAAUAAGAUCUUCAAUGACGACUCGUUUGCAAAGAUGAAGAAGGGAGUACGCAUCAUCAACGUCGCUAGAGGAGGUGUUAUUGACGAAGAUGCACUAGUAAGAGCUCUUGACAGUGGAAUUGUUGCUCAGGCUGCACUUGAUGUGUUCACUGAGGAGCCUCCAUCCAAAGACAGCAAGUUGGUGCAGCACGAGAACGUGACAGUUACGCCUCAUCUUGGAGCUAGCACAAAAGAGGCUCAGGAGGGUGUAGCCAUUGAGAUAGCAGAGGCUGUGCUUGGAGCUUUGAAAGGAGAACUUUCAGCCACAGCUGUUAAUGCUCCCAUGGUGGCCCCUGAGGUUCUGUCAGAACUGGCUCCAUAUGUUGUGCUAGCUGAGAAGCUGGGAAGGCUAGCAGUCCAGUUGGUAUCCGGAGGAAGUGGGGUCAAAUCAGUAAAAGUGACAUAUCAAUCAGCAAGGAAUCCAGAUGAUUUGGACACUAGACUUCUACGAGCGAUGAUCACUAAAGGCAUCAUUGAACCAAUAUCAAACUCAUAUAUCAACCUUGUGAAUGCCGAUUUCACUGCUAAGCAGAAGGGCCUGCGCAUUAGUGAGGAACGUAUAGUUGUUGACUCAUCCCCAGAAUUCCCUGUUCAUUCAAUCCAAGUACAAAUAUCCAAUGUGGAUUCCAAAUUUGCGAGUGCUGUGAAAGAGAAUGGUGAGAUAAGCAUUGAGGGGAGAGUCAAGUAUGGGGUACCCCAUUUGACUUGUGUUGGUUCAUUUGGUACCGAUGUGAGCUUAGAAGGCAACCUUAUACUCUGCCGCCAGCAAGACCAACCUGGAAUGAUCGGCAAGGUAGGGAACAUUCUGGGUGAGCAUAACGCUAAUGUCAGCUUCAUGAGUGUGGGAAGAACUUCCAGGAGGAAACAAGCUAUCAUGGCUAUUGGUGUGGAUGAAGAACCAAGCAAGGAAGCUCUUGACAAGAUAGGAUCUGUGCCUGCCAUCGAAGAGUUUGUGUUUCUUAAACUUUAGCACUGGCAGAUGCUCGAUGGCUAGCACGGAGUGUUUUUUCAAUUUUUUUCCUUCUUCUCUAAACUGGAGUCAUGGAUUGGGUGAGUCUGAGAAUAAAGCUAGGUUGAUGGGUGUACCCUAAAUAAACAACCUAGCCUGCACUUCUCAUGGUCGCUGCAUCAAGUUUUGCUAAACCCAGCAUCCUUCUUUUCUUUUCUUUUUUGGGAACCUCUCUAGUCUAGGACUCAGAUGCAGCCAUUAUGUCCUUUUUCUUUUUGUUUUUUUUAAGGAUUUUUGUUUUUACUUCGUUUAUAGCUUUGAAUGGACUGUUCCCCUUUGGUGCUUUAGCCCUUUAUGUGCUUCUUGUA